CUCUCUCUCUCUCUUGCUGUCUGUCUGUCUUUCUCUCUGUCUUCCACGCACUCUGGACACACCAAACACCCAAACCACCGCCUAAUUCGAUUUCAUGACCAUUUCCUCUCAGCUCCAAGACAUCUAAAGCUCGCUGACAUCGUAGCUCCGCAAUGACAACGCUCAAGCUGGUUCCUUUACCGCUCUUCCUGCUCGUCCUCCAAGUGCGUCUUUCCACUCUGUUAGAGGACAACAAGAUCCCUGCCAGUCUGUGCACGGGCCAUCCCGGCAUCCCGGGCUCGCCCGGAGUUCACGGCAGCCCCGGUCUGCCCGGGCGAGACGGACGGGACGGAAGGGAUUCUGCACCGGGGGAGAAAGGAGAAAAGGGGGACACGGGAGUACCAGGUGAGACGGGCGAGCGAGGUCUGACGGGAGACAGAGGUGACCCUGGAGAGAGAGGCCAGAAGGGCGAGGCAGGACAGUGCGCCGUGGCACCCAAAUCGGCCUUCAGCGCCAAAGUGUCGGAAGGCCGCGACUUACCCCUCCCCGCGGGCGACACGGUGGUGUUUGACAAGAUCCUUCUUAACGAACAGGGCGACUACAACUCGGAGACGGGCCGCUUCACGUGCAAAGUUCCCGGCGUGUACUACUUUGCCGUACAUGCCACCGUGUACCGCGCCAGCUUGCAGUUUGACCUGAUGAAAAACGGACACGCCGUCGCUUCCUAUUUCCAGUUUUUCGGCAACUGGCCCAAACCGGCAUCGUUGUCGGGCGGGACCCUGAUCCAUGUGGUCCCUGGGGACCAGGUGUGGAUUCAGAUGGCUCUGGGGGAAUACAACGGAUUCUACUCCAGCACGAAGACAGACAGCACCUUCAGCGGCUUCCUGGUGUACUCAGACUGGAAAAACUCUGCGGUGUUUGCAUGAGCGGUCAUACCUUGCAUAGGGAAAGUAACCACACGAUGGCCUACUUAAAAAAAAUUUUAAUGGGAGAUUUUUGGAUGGCGAUGAGAACUGAAUACAUUGUACUUGUGUAAUGAAGAAGAAAAAACUCACAACAGGCACAUACUAAACUGCAUAAAAUGUU